CGGCGACGGUCAUUGCUCCAGAGGCUAUGCUCCUCGACAGUCACGCUUGGGUCCUGUGGACGGUGAUCGCGGCCGCGGCCGCGGAGCCGUACCUGGGCGCUCGAAUCGGGAAGCUGAACACACAUUUCCAUGGCGUCUCCGGAGAGCUGUACGCCGUGGACGACACGACGCUGUACCUCAAGGACUUUCACUAUGACGGAACAGGACCAGAUGCCUACUUUUGGGCAGGCUCUUCGACUCGGCCGGACCACACGGGCUUCAUCAUCCCGGAUGAGAAGGGCAGAACAACACCGCUCGGCGCCUAUAAUGGUCAAGACCUGGUGCUCAAGCUGCCGGCCGGACAAACGAUCAGCAAAAUCCGAUGGUUUUCUGUCUGGUGUCGAAAAUUUAGGGCAAACUUCGGCGACCUGAUCAUCCCGCGGAACCUGGAGGUGCCCAAGCCGGCCGUGCUCAAGGCGCUGCCCACCUUUGACCAUGGCGUGUCUUCCGGCCGGGUCUCGCUGGUCGACGCGCAGACCUUUUUGGUGCCCGACUUCAAGUACGACGGCCUCGGGCCCGCCGCCUACUGGUGGGUGUCCAAGGGCCCCAAGCAGCACCGCGGCGGCACGCGGCUGCUCGACGAGAACGGCAGCGACGCACCUCUGGCACCCGCCACGGGCAAGACCGUCUUCAUUUCGCUGCCGGACGGGCUGAGCGCCUACGACAUUGAUCGCUUCGGCGUAUGGUGCGAUGCGGCACAAGUGGAUUUCGGCAGCAUCUCCAUUCCCCACAAUGUUCGCGUCCCGCCAUCACCGCGUCAGCUGGCCCUGGCGCAAGCCGAGGCACAGCAGCAGGCUGUCGUGCCCCACGUUCAGCGGGUCCAGCCCGUUUCCACCGCGGCCCCAGUCAGGCCUACGAACAAGACCGGAGCCAGAACCACCAGUGGCCUCAACUGUCAAGUCCUGCACGAACCCCUAGGCCUGGAACUGCGCUGGGUGUUGGAACGCGACCAGGCAGUCAUGCAGAUGGUCGGUCGCGUGCGUCAGGGCGAGUACAUGUCCUUCGGCCUAAGCAAGGAUGACACCAAGUCCCGCAUGCUGGACGCAGACGCCAUUGUCGCCUGGAUCGACCGGAAUGGUAGAGGACACGCUGUAGACUACUAUUUGUCUAGCAAGGAGCAGUGUGUGGGCAAUCGCGGGAGCUGCCCAGACAACAAAAUCAGCCGCAGGGCGGCUGACAGCGUGACAAUGUUGGACGCGGCAGUGCUGAACGGCUAUCACAUGGUCACCUUCCGCAGACCUCAGGCAGCUCAGGAUCCCAACUACGACCAGCACAUCUACUCUGACGGUCCGCAAGCAGUCAUGUGGGCCGUAGGACCUGUCAAUGAUCACUCUGACGCAUCUUAUCACUCUGUUCACAGUCAAGGGGACAUGUUUUUGGACUUUGCCCGCCAGCCUGCCUGGAACUGCCCGGCCCCGGAUGACGACGCGACAGAAAGCGAUUCGGCGGCCGAAGGGUCGGCAGACGACGCAUGGCAGAUCCCGCCGGUGUCGUGCCCGGCAGACGGCGUUUUCCAGAUGCAGAUCGGCCCUGCAGGAGGCCGCAAAGGCUACCAGGCAGUGACGGGCCAAGUGGGGUGGGGAAUCGCUUGGUACGUCAACGGUGUCCUCAUACCAGAACUCUGGGUGCAGCGUGGAAAGACGUACACGUUUGUGGUCGAAGGAGGCAACGACCAAGAGAACACAGCCAAGAACCAUCCAUUGUAUAUUACAUCCGACCCUGGAGGUGGCUACGAGCACAAAUCAGUCGCGGAACGCAAGGUCGAGCGCGUCUAUGCUGGCGUCGCUCGACACAAAAACGGAAGACCUUAUCCCACGGCUGUGGGGCGCCUGUGCGAGUGGCAGCUCCCGCUGGGCGAGCAGCCCGACGAGUACAACAGCUUCGAGCAGUUCCGGCAGCGGCUGCAGCUCCAAUGUCGAGACGGGUCGCCGGCCUACCUGCGCUGGACGCCGGACCGCAACACACCCGACCUCGUCUACUAUCAGUGCUACACCCACCGCCACCUGGGCUGGAAGAUCCAUGUGGUGGACUCAUGCGCAGCCAGCAACUCUACCGGCCGCCGCACCACCGGCUGACGAGCUGCAAUAAACCCGUCCAUCCCACAACCUUCGGCUGCCUUAUCUGGGUGCGUACGUGGCCUGCGACCCGGUCGGAGGAGGGCCGCCGAGCCAUCCUGCCAGCUGGGCGCCCGUGCAGAAAACGCUCGGCGCCUGCGGGUUCGAUUUACGAGGUCUCUCACUGGUCGUGAAAGUGCCGAAGGAGCACACACGCGUUACCGAAAUCCGCGGCCUGCAUUCUGAAGGAAAUGGCGUGCUGGAAAAUACUUUAUGCAGUAUAGAGGCAGGAGCAACAUCACGAUACACGUGUUUUACUCCAUUAAAGGGCCCCUCACCAGGUCUGGCCACUUUGAGCUGACAAGCACCGUGCAUACAAUGCGCGCUAACGAUCGUGUCUGCUAAGUAUUACUAGUUUUACAUCGCUACGCGCCGCGGAAAAAGCUGAAAUUUCAAAUCGAACGCCUUCGGGUGCAAGCUCAUGGUCGGAGAGUCGACGAAUAUCGCACAAGUGCGCCUACGUACAUGGCAGUGCCUUGACGUCGUUCAUAGUGGCACGUGUUUUCCAUAAUUAUUCAAGGCAACACCUGUUAUUUGUGUAAUCUGGUUUUUCAUAAGACGAAUUAAAGUUCAGAGAAAUAAUAAAGCACACAAGUUGAA